AUGAAAGACGCACUGGCCAGACUGGUCGCGCGGCCUCUCGACUUCGUGCCCUUCUCCGGUGAUGAUCUCAAGGAGAGGGUCACGUCCACCGUUCGAUUCAUCCUGGUGGUGUGUUUGGGUGCGAUGAUAGCGAACCAUGAUGCAUUCUUGGGUGCCAUGUUCGUGCUAUUCGUCGGAGCGAUAAAGAUGUGCACGUCCGAGCAGUCUCGUUGGGAGGCCGUGGUGCCUGCCGUGAGACCGCACGUCUUCCGGGACGGCAGGGUGGUCGACACGGCGGGCUGUCGGCUGCCGACGGACGCGAAUCCGUUCGGAAACUUCCUAUUGACGGACUAUGACGAUCCAGACAGGCCGCCUGCGUGCCGAUACGAGGACGUGAGCGAGCUGGUGGACGAGAAGUUCUACAAGGGUCUCUACCGGAACGCCGAUGAUCUUUACGAGACCGAGUCGAGUCAGCGCCAAUUCUACCAGAUGCCCGUGACGACGCUGUGCAACGACACGUCUACUGCGCCACUCGAUUACACGUUCGCGACGAGGUUCUCCACCGGCUGCGCCCUCCCGCGCUCCGCCUUCGAUCACUGCACCGCCAGUUACCGCCCCGGCGGUGCCUUGGUCGAUCGGGAGACGGCGCUGAGGUUCGGGGAGCCAUUCGAGACGUACGACCCCAUGAUUCCGGUCGCGGACGUCGAGCUCUACGAUCGGAGCCCUCUCAUGAUACGUUCCGGGAUGGACGUCGGCGUCGAGAACGCUCUGAGAUUGGCGCCCCCGUCCAUAGCGGCGGGCGACGUGAGGCGCCGCGGCGAGCUGGGCGAGACCUUCGGGACGGUCGACCUCUUCCCCCCGGAGCAGCCCCGGGUCUGCAUGCCCGUGAUCCAGCCCCGAUUCGGGGAAUCCACGAGGGUGGCCGCCAAGAACCGGGAGUACGCGAGACGGAUGGGGCUUCGCUCCGACUAG